UGCGCGAAUUCUACUUGUUGCUCAGAAUCACAUUUCGUGAUCAGCAUUUUUCCGAAGUUUUCUUAAAGCACAAUUAAAGUUUUAAGAAGUUGUUAUAACUUAUACAAAAAAAAUGGCAAACUACCAUAAACCAGAAUCGAAAACCAUUCAAGAAUUAAAAGACAUUGCGACAAAAUUGAGAAUUCACUCGAUCAAUGCCACACAAGCUAGCAAAUCCGGGUAUGUACAUUAUACUUUAUAAUAAUUCCAUUAAUUUAUUAUUCAAUAACUUUCAUUAUAUUAACAUAGAUUAAUAUUACGAUUGAUAAUUUUUUAAUAUUUUCAUAUUCCAAUUUAAUAAUAAUUUAACAUUUUUUUUUCUAAAAUCGCGCGCAAAUAUUAUCUUGAUAAAAAUAAGGUGAAAAACAGAUUAUUUACUUUAGAAUCUGUUAUAUUGUACAAUACAAACAUAAUUUGUUCUCUAAUAUUUUUAUUAUAAAAAUUUUAAUUUUGGAAAUUUUUUAUGUACUACAAUUAACAUUAAUUUGCUUUCAUAUAGUUUGCUUUUUUCAAAUAAUAUCAUGUUAUUAUAUUACGAUUCAUAGUUCAAGGUAUUUUAUAAUUAUAUUUUUAAAUAUAUGUUUAUGCAUUUAAUCAAAAUCGAAUUAACAUAUAUAUAAUUGUAAAAAAUUAUUUAUAAAAUAAUUAUUAAAAAUUAUUAGUUUAUCUUAAAUUUUAUUUUAAUUCUUUAUUUUAAAAUUUUAAAUCGUUAUCGCUUAUUAAUAAUUAAAAUAUUAAGAAAAACCUCAUACACACGUAAUUUAGAUAAAUUAUUGAAUAUUAAAUUUAUUCAUAAACAUGCAUACUAUCAUAUAUAUGUAAUAUUAUAAUUUAAAAUUUUUAUAAUAGACUAUAUUUUUAUAUAAUUAAUAAAAAUAUAUAUUACGAUAAAAAUUUUCAAAUGAUUAACUUUAGAAAAAAAGUUCUAAAAAAUCAAAGCCCAAAGAUAGACAGGAAAUCGUAUCAUGUUUUCUUAUGUCUCCUUUUAUAUGUAGUAAUCGCAUAGUUAGCACGUGCACGAUACCAAAAUGCACGCUAUGAAAUAUAGUAUAUAGUUACGUAACAAACGUAUAAUAGUAUUGAAUAAUCGAGAAUAUAUUAAAUAAAAUUGACAAUUUUAAUAAAUACCUCGUUUAAGAUUUUUUAGAUGUAAUAUUUUAAACGAUUUUUUGCAUAUAAUUUUUUUAUAUAAUCUUGGAAUAUGAUAAAUUAUUUAUUUAUUUUUUUGCAAUAUUUAUAAUAUAUAUGAAUAAGAAUGAUAAAGAAAUUUAUUAAAAAAUUAUGAAUAUGUAUAAAAGACAUCCAUUAUAUCUAAAUUGAAAUAAAUUUCAUUAGUUAUAUUAUCAUUAUAACAUACAUUACAUAUUUGUAUAUAAUUCUUUAGGAGCUAAUUAUUAUUUUUAAAAUGUAAUGAUAAAAAAUAUCUAUUAUCAAAUAUUAAUGUAUAUGUAUUUUUCUCUCUUAUAUAUAUAUAUAUAUUUGAUAUCAAUAUAAGUAAAUAAUUCUGGAAUUAUAAAUUUCAAAGAGUUGAAUUCAAUUUAUAAAAUAUAAAUAUGUACAUUGAUUUUGAAAUCUACGAUAACUCGUCUGGAAGAAAGUAGGGAGUUCCAGCGCGCAGUUACUGAGCAAAAGGCUGUGUUAUUCAUUGCCAGUUGUUAUCGAACGCUCGUUGAGAAACGAUUACAGAAAGAAUUUCUCUGUAACUUAUAAUGGUGCGCGAUAUAAAUGUGGAAAAUCUUCAAGAUCUUGCGAACAGGCUUCGCAUUCAGUGUAUUAAAGCAACAGAAGCAUCAAAAAGCGGACAUCCAACGUCAUGUUCUUCUAUGGCAGAAAUUAUGUCCGUCUUAUUUUUUCACACGAUGCGUUACAAAGUAUCAGCACCACGUGAUCUAAGUAGCGAUAGAUUUGUAUUGAGCAAAGGUCAUGCUGCUCCUAUUUUAUAUGCAGCAUGGGCAGAAGCAGGACUUUUUCCAUCAAAUGAAUUGCUAAAUUUAAGAAAACUUGAUAGUGAUUUAGAAGGACAUCCUACGCCAAGACUUAAUUUUAUUGAUGUAGGAACUGGUUCCUUGGGACAAGGGCUCUCAGUUUCUGCAGGGAUGGCUUAUGUGGGAAAAAAUUUUGAUAAAGCUAAUUAUCGCGUAUAUUGUCUGAUUGGUGAUGGAGAAGCUGCGGAAGGAUCAAUAUGGGAAGCACUUCAUUUUGCAUCAUAUUACAAGUUAGAUAAUCUUUGUGCUAUUUUUGAUAUAAAUCGUUUAGGUCAAAGUGAACCAACAUCUCUUCAACAUAAUAUGGAAGUUUACCGCAAAAGACUUGAAGCUUUUGGAUUUAAUGCAUUGGUUGUUGAUGGUCACGAUGUAGAAGAAUUAGCUAAGGCUUUCCAUGAAGCACAAAAUACGAAAGGACGACCUACUGCUAUACUAGCAAAAACAUACAAAGGUAAAUAUUUUCCUACCAUUGAAGAUCAAGAAAAUUGGCAUGGAAAACCUCUUGGUAAUAAAGCAAAUGAAGUCAUUCAACAUUUAACUGGAAUGUUGAAAAAUCCUGGUCUUUUAGGAUUACAUCCUCAGAAACCAUUAGUUGAUGAUGUUUCAGUAGUAGAUAUUAAUAAUAUUAAAUUAGCAUCACCUCCAAAUUAUAAAUUAGGAGAACAAGUUGCUACAAGACUGGCUUAUGGUACUGCUUUAGUUAAGCUAGCGAAGAACAAUUCUCGUGUCAUUGCUCUGGAUGGAGACACAAAAAAUUCGACAUAUGCUGAAAAAAUCAAGACAGUCGAUCCAUCUAGAUUUAUCGAAGGUUUUAUUGCCGAACAAAAUGUAGUAGGAGUAGCAAUCGGUGCUGCAUGCAGAGACAGAACUGUUGCAUUUGUAUCUGCGUUUGCAACAUUUUUUACUCGUGCUUUUGAUCAGAUUCGUAUGGGUGCUAUUUCACAAACAAAUGUUAAUUUUGUUGGUUCCCAUUGCGGUGUUUCGAUCGGAGAAGAUGGUCCAUCACAAAUGGGUCUGGAAGACAUAGCUAUGUUCCGUACAAUUCCUGGUUCCACUGUUUUUUAUCCAGCUGAUGCUGUUGCCACGGAGCGCGCCAUCGAAUUGGCAGCUAAUACAAAAGGAAUUUGUUUCAUACGCACUUCUCGUCCUGCCACGGCAGUUAUAUAUAAAAACGAAGAACCUUUUGUUAUUGGAAAAGGCAAAGUGGUUAAAUCUUCUGCGAAAGAUCAAGUUCUUGUAAUCGGAGCUGGCGUAACUUUGUACGAAGCACUUAAAGCUGCUGAUGAAUUAUCUAAAGUAGGAAUAAAUAUUCGAGUGGUCGAUCCAUUUACAAUUAAACCACUCGAUGCCCAACUAAUUGUAAAAAAUGCCAAAGAAGUUGGAGGAAGAGUUAUUACAGUUGAAGAUCAUUAUGCGGAAGGUGGUCUGGGUGAAGCUGUACUUUCAGCAGUUGCUUUGGAAAGAAAUGUUGUAGUUAAGAAGCUAGCUAUUCCCGAAGUACCACGUUCAGGUCCUCCAACUGCAUUAUUGGAUAAAUAUGGAAUUAGUUCGAACAAAAUUGUUGCUGCAGUUCAAGAAAUAUUAAAGUUAUAAUUUUAAAGAUUAUAUAAAGGUACCGAUAUCGUUUUAAUAUAAAAGUCUACUGCCAUGUCAAAAUGUACAGAAAAUUUAAUAUUUUUAAAAAUAUGAAAAAAAACCAUUCCAUAUUGUUUUUAAUGUGCAUAUAAAACAUCGAAAUGUUUGUUCGUGUUAAUGUACAAAGAGAAACGUAAGAAAAAAUUGUUUGUAUAAAUUGUUUAUAUAUAUAUAUAUAUAUAAACAUUUCUAUAUAUAUAUUUUCAACAGGAAUGUUUUUACAUUUCAAAAUUAUAUGAAAUUUUACUAUGCAAAAAUGUAAUUUUAUAUGAAACUUUGAUAUACAUAUACUAUUUAUAGAUUAAGAAAUGUUACUAUUUCGAAAGUAUAAUUAUUCUAUAUACAAGUAAAUAGGAGUAUUUGUAAAAGGAAUUUUUUAUUAACUUUAUCGAUACCUACCUCAAGGGCGCAAAAUCUUCCAUGUUAAAUAUUAUAUUAAAUAUAAAUAAAUACUUUAUGAGAGUGUAAA